AUGCUAUCAUCAAAAAGGAAUUCAUUCAUUUCAAACAAAUCACCUUCUAAUUUCUCACUGCCUCAAUUUGAAUCACCACCAAAUUUUAAUCCAUAUGAAGCAAUAAAUAAUCAAUAUAAUCAAGAUUUAUAUCAACAAUCUACAUCAAAACCUAAAAUUCUAACAUACAAUGAAACAAAAUUAAUACCGAAUUAUCAAAAAAUUGAAAAUCAUACAUCAACUAAAUCUAAAAGCAAUCAUAGAAUGAAAAUUGUUGUUGUUGGUGAUGGUGCAGUUGGAAAAUCAUGUUUAUUAAUAAGUUAUUCACAAAAUAAAUUUCCUGAAAUUUAUGUCCCCACAGUAUUUGAAAAUUAUAUAGUACCAUUAUUAUCACCUCAAGGUAAUAAAAUAUUUGAAUUAGAAUUAUGGGAUACUGCAGGACAAGAAGAAUAUGAUAGAUUAAGACCUUUAAGUUAUAGAGAUGUUGAUUUAUUAUUAGUUUGUUUUGCAUUAAAUAGUAUAACAAGUUUACAAAAUAUAAAAACUUUAUGGUUUCCUGAAAUAAGUCAUUAUUGCCCCAAUGUACCAAUAAUAUUAGUUGGAACUAAAUCAGAUUUACCUUCUGAUAUUCCUGAAGAUUUACCUUAUAAAAUUGCAACUGAAAUUAAAGCAAUUGCAUAUAUUCAAACAUCAUCAAAAACAAUGCUUAAUGUAAAACAAACUUUUGAUUAUGCUUUAAGUCAUUAUCAAAAAGAAAUUGAAAUUGCAGAACAAUAUGAAACAAGUAAAAGAAAAAGAAUAAGUAAAAGAUUUAGUAACAGUAAUAAUAAUAAUGGAUCAGGUAAUUAUGAUCAUAUAAGAAAUAAAAGUACAGCAUCUUCAAAUACAAGAAGAAAUCAUAUGAAAAAUUCAAGUUUAGGUUCAAGUGUUUUAAUGGAUCAACCUUUAACUGAAGAUAGUUAUGAAAAUAAUCCUUAUGGAAAUUUUAAUGGAAUGAAUGGUAAUGGUUAUCAUAAUAAUCUAAGGAAUAAUAAUGGUGAAUUUGAUUAUAUUGAUGAAAGAAGAAAAAAAGAAAAAAAGAAAUGUUUUAUACUUUAA